AUGGAUUAUCGGACAAUACUACAGGACAGAUUACAUGGAAGUCCACACUAUAACCAAUGUUCAGAUUGUCAUUCUAGAAACCCUACAUGGUGUUCCAUGACCUACCAUGUCUUCUUAUGUACAAGAUGUGCAACAUUACAUAAACAACUAUUAAAUAAGGACCCUUAUGUGUCACGAAUUAAAUCAAUCACAUUAGAUCAUUGGCCUCCAGAUGAACUUGAAACAUUUUGUAACGACAGAAAUCCAAUAGUUAAGACUCAAAUGAAUUGCACAACUAAUAAUGUCUUCGAUUUACAAGACUUAAUAAACAGGAAGUACAUUCAACCUAUGUUGUCGAAUGGUAAAAAUAAUAGGGCUGGUUCCAUGAAAAUCUCCGGUCGAAGAAGAGCACAAGACUAUGAAUUAAGUAAGUUUGCUACCCAAAUCAGACAAAUUCAAAAUCAGUCGUCAACCUUUUUCACAAUAGACAACAUCGUGGAAGCUCUGCUGAUAUCUAGAGGCAACGUUGCUUCAGCAUAUGAUCUUUUGCAAGAUUUUGAUAGUUAUAAUCAUAAUAAUAAUCAAGCUAAUAGAAGGGAUAAUAUAACGCCUCCAGAACUUCCAAAAAGACCAAAUAAUGAAAUUAAACCAGCUAUAUUUGACGGCACUAACAUCAUAUCGAGUCAAUACACCAACAAUAGUAGCAAUAACAAUAGUAGUACCUCCAUUAAUGCUCCUAGGCCUGCAAUCUUCGAUGGGACUGUGGACUUAACUCAACCUAACAUAUAUCAACAAGGAAUUAUUCAACCAGCAAUUAAUCAAGUACCCGCAAUGAUGACACAACCUACUGUAUAUCAGCAAAAUAUACCACAACCUCUACCUGUGAAUUAUGUCCCAAAUACUACUUCUACUACUGCUCAACAACAAUACGUCUAUCCUUCAAAUUAUGUGAUACCUCAAUAUUAUCCUAUGCAGCAACAAUGA